AGCAUUACAGCUAAGAUGGUGAACAUUAAAAGUGACAUCUCUAAGUUUGAGGACAUCAUAAAGGAGUUCAAGAUGCACAAGGAGUUCCUCUUCAAGCUGUCCCCUCUAGAGUGGCAAGAGGCACAUAGGGCCAAGGGCAAGACCCUUAAACUCAAGUCUGCCACCAGGUCUGCCACCAAGUCUGCCACCAAGGACAAGCCCAAAGAGAAAGACAAAGAUGAGAGGGCUACUCCGAAAAGACGUACUAUGCUGAAUUCCUGUCUUUUCAGGAACCCUGUGGCAGAGCUGAAGACUGACAGCUCUGAAUAUGAGGAGGACCCGGAGCUGUACUUCAGGGACCCCAGGCAGCUGCUGGAGCUGCUGACAGAGCUGGAAGAGCAGAAUCUCUCUCUGAUCCAGAACUCCAGGGAGACCGAAGACGCCCAGGAGGAGUUCCGACAGGUCAUGGACUACAACCGCAAGAAGAUGGAGGUGGAGACCAACCAGCUGACCCAGCAGAUAGACAUCAUGACCCACACCAUCCAGAGGGAGAGGGAACGGGCUGCCGAGCUGGAGCUGAGGGCCCGCCUCUUCAACUUUGGGAAGUACAAGUCGGACGACCAGGAGGGUAUGUUCGACUCCCUGGGCGUUAAGGUAGAGGAGGUGUACCGGGGCUGCGUGGGCGACAGCGAGGCCAACCUGAGCACGCUGCAGAUGCUGAAGGCCAUCGAGAGCCGCCUGGACGAGCUGCUGGAGAAUGUGGAGAUCGUCCCCAAGGAGCGGCUGGUGCUGGCCGAGAGGGUCAAGGAAAAGGAGAGGAGGUUCAGGCUGCGUGAUGAGAAGAUGCAUCAGGACAAGCAGCACCAGGAAGAGAGGCUAAAGAGGGCCCUGGAGAGAGCCCAGGCUGACGUCAAGAAAACAACUGGCAAGAAACUGAUGGCUAGAUCACAGCGCCCUGCCCGCAAGCUGAAGACCAGCCAGGUGUAUGACAUCUCAGACAAGGAGAAAGAUGAGCAGCUCUACUUCUUCAUGUAA